UCUCUCCUCCCGCCAAGGAAGCCCAGCCAGUCCCGCCCGGGCCACAACAGGGCCAAUCCUUGCCGGGCCGAACAAUGGCGCGCCGGAAGGCCAACAAGUCAGUCCUUUACUCUCGCCGGAUGUCAUUACGCCAGUACAGUUACUCAGUUACUCACACAUAUCUUCGCGCCAGCAUCGCUUCGUGCAGUUGCUUCGCUAGCAGCGACAUGCGGCGUAAUCACUCCUUUGUCAUGCGUCAUUGACGCCAUUCUCUCAACUGGCAGCACUCAUUUCCCCACCGAUUAUUUUCCUACCCAUGCACUAGCAUCCAACUAUCCCGUCUGCACAUCUACGCUGAUCGCUGUUUAAUACUGUCGACUCGGUGGAUUACCAUCGCCAUCGGAAACACCAACACAUGUCCGGCUCGUUUUCAUCUUAUGAUUAUGAUUUUUUUAUAGAAUCGCCCAAGUAAUCGUUGUGCGGGACGAAUAUCGACCACUGAAGAUUAAUUUGUGUCCUCGUACAUGGCGUACUUCAAGUGUAGCGCUGCAUAUACAGAUAGCUGGACGGCGUAGCUGAUAUCUGGCGAAAGGCGCUUUAUGUGACAUAACAAUCUCGGUGGGAGGCGAACGGUCAAGUUGUGAAAAGCAGCAGCCAAACCGUUGCGGCAUUCAGUUGGUGUGGUAUAUACAAUACACUGCAGAUGUGCUGGUCAAAGUGGCCGGCAUCACCAUGUUCGUCGGGAUUUCACCAUGCAUCUCGCUGUUUGGCGCUAGUGUCGGCGCUACGACAAAUCCCGGUGGCUGCCGGUGACCUGCUUACCUAGAGACGGUACACGUGCAGCAAUGUGGAGCGCUGAGAUGAGCCAGAUGAUCCGUUGUGACAGGUAGCAACAUGUCUGAUCACAACAACGACGCCGGCACCAGCACCAGCUGCGCCCGCAUCCAGGACGACCACGCGAAUGGGCGGCGGAAGAGCCGUGCGGAGAAGCAGGCGCCUGAUUCGGCUAGUGAGCCGGCCUGGAUCGACGCCGUAUCCACUGCGGGAUCGCUCUCCCUCUUAUCGGAGCCUGAUCCGCAUCCGGCUCAUCCCCUCGCCCAAGGUCACCGCCGGCGCCGGCCGAACGCGGCCGAUGCGCUGCACUUGACAGGCCCCGACGCAGCUACAUCCACCCCGCCGCCCGCUUACGAGCAGUCCCGCUUCCUGCCUGAUCAUGUCUUUUCGCCGGAGGCCAGCUGGCUGCCACGCGCACAACACUCCAAUCAUCCGCCGCUCUCCCACAGCUGCCUCGCUCUUACGCAGCCCGGCGCCGACGUCGUAGGCAGCGAAUUAGGCAGUACAUCCGCGGGCACUGCGCGAUUGCCCUCCGCCGCUGCUUCAUCGGCGCGAUUCCCUGAUCAGCAUCACUUCACGCACCACCAGGAUGAUCUGCACCCGGACACUCUCCUCUUCAGCAAGCCCCGGCCUGUGAGCCUCGCCCACCCGCUCGCCUCGUCCAGCGCCUGGCACCCGGCCGCCUCCACCGGCAAAGGUCGUCGCGACACCCUCACCGCGUCCCUCUCGCUCAUCCAGCGCGACCGGCGCCCCUACCUCGACACUCUCCGGCCGCGCUCCCUCUCCGUCUACCAAGAGAGCCCUGUCGAUGCCCUUGUCGUCGUCCCGGACACCGCCCUCGACCAUGCCGACGCCGACCCGCUGGGCUCGCGUGGCUUCCUGGUGGACCACGCCAUGAACUUGUUCUCCGACUGCGCCGCCCUCUCCAGCGCCCUCGGAGCCGCCACCCGCAAAUCCCUCGUCGCGCCCUUCGUAUACGACUACCACCUGCCUCUGCCGGUGCUCAGCGAGCAGCCGGGGGAGUCGCGCUCCAACAGCCAGUUCCAGCUGCCCGACUGGUCGCCGGGCCUGUCGCCGCCGGACGACCUCUUCGUCGCCGACCUCUCCGUCGACGACAUGCUGCGCCGCAAGGCCUCCGAGAUGUCGCGCGGGCAGAAUGCGCGCGAGCAGCGCAACAGCCACCGCCGCAUCUCCGCCGCCGACCCGCUCAACCCCGACCUGACGCUCAGACAGCAGUUCCUCUCCAUGUUCCAGCCCUCCACCGACAACAAGUUGGCAUUGAAGCUCUUCGGCUCAGUAACGGCCGUGACAAAAGAGCGCGAACGAAUCGCGUCCAGCAAACACUGGGUCAUACAUCCGGCGUCUAAUUUUCGCUUUUACUUCGAUCUGUUUAUGCUGGUGAUUCUCCUGGCUAACUUGAUGAUUUUACCGGUGUCCAUUGCCUUCUUUAACGAAGACUUCAGCAUUCCCUGGAUUGUUUUCAACUGCUUUAGCGACACGAUUUUCAUCAUCGACCUGGUGUGCAAUUUCCGAACAGGGCUGCUCAAUCCAGAAAACGCCUCGGUAGUCAUUCUGGACCCCAAAGAGAUCGCGAAACGUUAUAUUCGCUCAUGGUUUUUUGUGGACCUGAUUUCGUCUAUCCCCUUCGACUACGUGGUGCUGGUGAUCAGCAUCUGGGACGACGACUUCGCCAAGUCGCAGUUCGUGCACGCCGGGCGGGCGCUGCGCAUCCUGCGCAUGGCCAAACUGCUCAGUCUCAUCAAGCUGCUGCGCCUCUCGCGCCUGGUCCGCUACGUCUCCCAGUUCGAGGAGAUCUAUUUUCUGAACAUUGCCGGAGUCUUUAUGCGCAUCUUCAAUUUCAUGUGCCUGAUGAUGUUGAUGGCUCACUGGAGCGGCUGCAUUCAGUUCCUCGUUCCCAUGCUGCAGGGAUUUCCGCGCGAUUCUUGGGUGGUGAUCAACGAACUGGAGCACGCGCCCUGGUUCGAGCAGUAUACGUGGAGCGUGUUCAAAGCCAUCAGUCACCAACUGUCCAUCGGGUACGGUCGAUACCCUCCACAGUCCAUUAGUGACGCCUGGCUGACGGUUCUCUCCAUGCUGACGGGCGCAUUCACCUACGCCCUCUUCAUCGGACACGCGUCCAAUCUGAUUCACUCCCUGGACGCAUCCCGUCGCCAGUAUCGUGAAAAGUGGAAGCAAGUGGAGGAGUACAUGGCCUACCGGAAGCUGCCGCGGCAGCUGCGCGCCAAGAUCUCCGACUUCUACGAGCACCGCUUCCAGGGCAAGAUGUUCGACGAGGAGGCCAUCCUCAGCGAGCUCAACGACCCCCUGCGCGAGCUGAUAAUCAACUACAACUGCCGCGACCUGGUGUCCAGUGUGCCUUUCUUCUCGCACGCCGAUCCCAACUUCGUUACCGCUGUGAUAACGCGACUGCGCUACGAGUUCUUCUUGCCGGAUGACGUGAUUGUACGGGAGGGCACCCUGGGCGACAAGAUGUACUUCAUCCAGGAGGGCCUGGUGGAGAUCUACCUGGAGCCCAAGGUGCUGCACGAGGAGCCGGCGGUCAUCACCUGUCUCAGCGACGGCUCCUACUUUGGAGAAAUUUGCUUGCUGACCAAAGCGAAGCGCGUGGCCUCCGUACGGGCGGUGACGUGUUGCUCACUCUUCUCGCUACAGUCGGACAACUUCAACUGCGUGCUCAACGAAUACCCGCUUAUGAGGACGGCGCUAGAAAGCGUGGCGGCCGAGCGCCUGAACAAGAUCGGCAAGGACCCCGGCAUCGUCAGCCAGCGCAGCCGCGACAACCUGCGCGGCGGCGAAGACGUGUCCAGCGACGCCGGUCUGGCGGGCAGCCGCUCCACCUCGGCCUUCGCCUUCCCCUUGCCGACCUUCGUCGACCCCGAAGCCGAGCCGGGCGACGCCGCCGCCGCUCUCAUCGCCCAUUCGCCGCUGCUGGCCGGCAGCACGUCGGCCGACGCCCUGGGCCGCCGGCUGGAAGCGGCUACACAGCAGUACCGCUACACCAACCACCCCUCCACGCCGCGGACACUGUCCCCGUCCAACACCUACUCCUCCCUGCGCCCGCUGGCCCAGACCACUCCCGGGAGCGCCAGCGCCUACCAACUGUCGCCGACGCCCAUGAUCAGUCCUUACCCGGACCGCCGUCUCUCGCAGCGCAGCCGCCUCCCGCGGGAGGACUCCAGCGACCAGCCGCCGCCGCCCAGUCCGGGCGGCAUCCACAUGCGCCCGCUCACUACUUACGACGCGCAGGUGCACGACAAGCCCGGCAAGGCGGAGAAGGUGACGGGCGAGCGCGACGAACUUCUGCCUAAGAGCAGUAUCAGUCUGACGGUGGACGCGCCGGCCGCCCGCAGCAGCAUAAACCAGUCGAUGCCGGCCUUGUCGCCGAAACCGCCACUGCCGCUGCCCAGCAGCAGCACGACCGCCGUCACCGUGGAGCAGCCGCCCGCGCUUAAUAGUCCGCCAAGUGGACCGCUGCAGAUUGCCGCCAACACCGAGUCCAGUCGGCUGGCCGGGUCAACGACAUGGAACUCGGCAGUUUAGCGAUGUUUUCAUUUCCGGCUGUUGUGCCGAUUUGCUCGUCAACCGGCGAUUCAAUCUGAUAACCUGACUUUUAUUUAAAAGUGCAUAGCCCCGUGACCUUUCCAUCCGCAGUGGAAUAUUCGGCGUGACCUCGUCCAACGGAUGGGCAGCGCUGUCUUUGCAGUAUCUACUUGUUCUUGUGAUAGCUCAAACUGUAUACGCUCCGUGACCUUUUGAACGAAUCCGCUGAUCGCCUGUUGUGUUCUGCAAGUUACACAGGCACACGACGAUUCCAAAGGUCACCGAAGAAUUAAGUCUGCUUUCGCUGCACUUGCCACAGGCGCGUGAUCUGCAUGUAUAACCGCUUGUAACUUGUAUCUGUAGUUCUGUACAGAGAGCGUUGAUGCGCUUGCAAUAAGCAAAUGUUCUACUUAAUUUCCGUUGCGCUCUGUUGACAGACAGUAUUCUGCCUGGUGUGGCCAGCUGCAGUUACGCCACGAAGCUCCUAUCUCUGAUCUCUUAGAUUUGCUUUCGAAAAUGUGUUUAUCAGCUGCAUGUGCCGGAUUAAUGUGCAAGUAUUACCCCUGUGAUCUCCCCAUGGUCAACAAAAUU